CGCGUAUGUGUCCGGAAGUGGGGGAGCAAUUGGGGCUCCUCCAGCUGAGAAGAGAGAAAGGUCUGUGUCCUGGGCGCUACUGCGAGGCAUACCUACUGGCGGAGAGCUGAGGGGUGCCUCUUGCUAUGGGUUUGCUUGCGCGGAUACGCAAGGAAUGGUUUAUAAUCGGGAUAGUUGUGGCAAUCGCCUGCGCUAGAUUAGAGCCAUCUGUCGGGGUGAAAGGAGGUCCUCUUCGGCCAGAGAUCACUGUAUCUUACAUUGCUGUCUCUGCCAUCUUCCUGAACAGUGGUCUCUCACUGAAGACCGAGGAGUUGGCCUCGGCGCUGCUUCACGUGCGGUUGCACUUGUUUGUCCAGUGCUUCACCCUGAUCUUUUUCCCAUUAUGUAUCUGGGUACUAGUCCAUGUCUUGGAGCUCACGUCAAUGGACCCGUGGCUGCUGAGAGGGCUGCAGACAGUUGGUUGCAUGCCCCCACCAGUAUCUUCUGCUGUCAUUCUCACCAAAGCUGUAGGAGGAAAUGAGGCUGCUGCUAUCUUUAACUCUGCAUUUGGCAGUUUCUUGGGCAUCGUAGUGACACCUCUGCUGCUGCUCCUGUUUCUGGGCUCAUCCUCAGCAGUGCCGUUUUCCUCCAUCUUCUCUCAGCUCUUCAUGACGGUCGUCGUCCCUCUGCUCAUUGGGCAGGUGCUGCGGCGCUGGCUUAAAGAGUGGCUGGAGCGGGCCAGGCCUCCAUUCGGGACCGUGAGCAGUGCGGUGCUGCUGCUCAUCAUCUACAGCACUUUCUGUGAGAGCUUCAGCCGGCCCAACACACAGAUAAACCACAUCAGCCUGCUGCUGCUCUGCUUCAUCGUCUUCUCGGUGCAGCUGAGUUUCAUGCUCCUGACGUUUUUCAUCUCCUCCAGGCCAGCCUCCGGUUUCACUCCUGCUGAUACUGUGGCCAUUAUCUUUUGUGCUACUCAUAAAUCCCUCACACUGGGUAUCCCCAUGUUGAAGAUAGUGUUUGCUGGAGAUGAGCACCUGUCUCUGGUGUCGGUGCCGCUGCUGGUCUACCACCCAGCUCAGAUCCUGUUGGGCAGCGUGCUGGUGCCCACCAUCAGAGCCUGGAUGAACAGCCGGCAGAAAUCUGCUAUCUUAAUUCAGUAGGAUUGAGUUACAGCUGACGCUUACUGUGAGCUCUGAAGCUCACAAGCCUGCAGCCCAUCUGAUAUUAUCUGUGAUCCCAAAGAGAAGUGCCUUAUUGUCAUGGCGAUACGCUGAAUGACACAACUCUGAUGAUUCCGUGAUUUUUUGAUUUUUUUUUUUACAUGCCAGAAUGUAGUUUAUUUUUUUACUUGUGAUGAGCCAUUCCUUACACUACUGGUAUACCAACACACACGCAAACAUUAUCAGACUGUAACGUCUCGCACUUAGACAAACGUUUUCUAUCACUGUCAAACUUGCCCACAUAACCAUCUAGACUCUGUGGUAAUGUGUUACUGAAACCUCAAUCUAUCUUAUUUGUCCAUCACACACUCAUACACACUUAACACUUACAAUGAUGUGAAGUAUGACAUUUUUACUGCCCUGUUUUUGGAGUAAAAUUUGUUACAAAUCCAAAAA